CAAUAGGCAAAACCAUCUUUUGUGAGGCAAAGGAAAGAUUCCAGGUCCCAAAGGAUGAUGAGAAACCUUUAAGGAGAGUUUUUUGUCCAGAUUUCAUUGUUGCAGAUGUAAAGGGAAAAUGUUCUUGUACUCUAUGCCAGUCUUCUGACUUUCACAAAGUCAUAUUUUCUCUAUUUAUUAUAUAACAUUGCCCUUUGUUGCACAGCCAGCUUCUAUUCACCCUCUGUUCAUAGCUUAUGUACCACUGUGCAAUCCUUUCUUGACACUUAUAUGGACUCACAUUUCUUUCUGGUAUCAGUCAUCACCAUUAAAUGGAUGUAGGUAUCUUGUCAUGGAUUUUUUACCUGGAUACAAUUAUCUUAGUAUCAAGUAUAGCACUUGAUACAUUGUAGGAUGUUUAGUCAAUCUAAAAUCAUUCACUAUAGAAUGACUUUAGUCAUUCAGUCAUUCAGUAUAAAAUGAAUGAAUGAAUGGAUGGAGAUUUAUCAUAUACAACUUUCAAUAUCCUACUUUUCUAAUUCUACCACUUAAAGGUCCAAAUUCCCAGUUGACCAAGGCAAAAUCAUAAAUAGAAUAUAGGAGGAAUAAGGGGGGUUGAUACCAGGGAAAGGUGAAGAGUUUGGGCAUAAAUUCCCCUCUUCUAUUCUGAGGUAUCUCCUAAGUUUUCCACCCAGUUUUGAAGGAGCUAUUCAUAAAGAGCAGAUUAAUACAAGGCUGCCCCAAAAGCCCAUCACUGUCUUCUCUCCUCACCUCCUUCACCAGCACUAUCACAUGAGUUCAGGGUUUAGCUAGACCAGCAUUCUUCCUUCUGUUACUAAGAGCUGUGGGGUCAGAGAAUCUCAUUUUCAUGCUCAAAGCAUUCCUGUGACUCCCAGGUAAUGAUGGGGUAUUGGACCAUUCAUAUAUACAAUGCUUCCUCUUUCAUAUCUCAUUAUUUUAUCAUAUGCCAUGAAGACUAAACACAUGCAGUACCUCUAUAAUCUAAUGUCUUUUUUAUUUCUCCCUCCAGAGUAAAUAUCUUAUCAUUACAUGAACAUAAGCAAACAUCUUUUGUAAUGUUACUUCAGAUCUAUCUUCAAAAUCUAUAGCGCAUCAACCUUUCAAUUCAUCCCAGAAUUCCAUUUUCCUCUAGCUGAGUAGCACUCAUAAAGACUGUGAGGUUAGUCAAAGAUUACAAGAGAUCAAGUGAUCUAAGAGUCCACACAUUCCAACAAGAGUGAGAAGUAAAGGCAAAUACCAGAGAGCAAAAAUCUUAUAAAUAAAAUUUAAAAAACAAAGUAGAAUCCCAGGUUGAUUUUAAAGAAAACACAGAAGCUUGACUUUAGCAUGCUACCCAGUGUAUUUGUUUAUUAUGAAGAAUGAGAAAAUUUGACCUAUCUACAAAUAUCUUUCCCUGUGCUUAUUGUCCUGAAUACUUAUUUGAAGGGAUUUAAAAAUGAAUAACUUUUAACAAUGUGCCCAAAAUACCUGUUCCUCAUUUAGCUGAUUAUUUGUUAUAAUUCAAUAAAAUCAUUUAGAGCUUCAGAAAUUAGAGGUGAAACUUAGCUAAAGAAGAAAAAUAUAUUACCUCAGGGAAUCUCUAUAGAACACAUCACGGUGAUGUUGGACAAUCCAAAAGCUAUGAUAAACACUUUUGGGAUGGAUUUCACAGGGAAAACAUCCAUCCUAGGAAAAUGAAUUCACCACGCACAAUGGAGCUAUGGAACUCCACUGUCGGACGUGACUUCAUCUUGGUGGGGAUUCUGAAUGACUGUGCAUUUCCUGAACUGCUCUGUGCCACAAUCACAGUCCUGUACAUGUUGGCCUUGAUCAGCAACAGCCUGCUGCUCCUGGUCAUCACCAUGGAUACCCGGCUCCACGUGCCCAUGUACCAGCUGCUCGGGCAGCUCUCUCUCAUGGACCUCCUGUUCACAUCAGUUGUCACUCCCAAGGCCCUUGUGGAUUUUCUGCGCAGAGAAUACAUCAUCUCCUUUGAAGGCUGUGCUCUGCAGAUGUUCCUGGCACUGACACUGGGUAGUGCAGAGGACCUCCUACUGGCCUUCAUGGCCUAUGACAGGUAUGUGGCCAUUUGUCAUCCUCUGAACUACAUGGUCUACAUGAGACCGAGGGUCUGCUGGUUCAUGGUAGCCACAUCCUGGAUCCUGGCAUACCUGAGUGCUCUCGGUCAUACUAUCUACACCAUGCACUUCCCUUUCUGCAUGUCUUUGGAAAUCAGGCAUCUUCUCUGUGAGAUCCCACCCUUGCUGAAGUUGGCCUGUGCAGAUAGCUCCAAGUAUGAGCUCUUGGUGUAUGUGACAGGUGUGACCUUCCUCUUGCUUCCCCUUACGACCAUAGCUGCCUCCUACACUCUCAUACUGUUCACAGUGCUCCACAUGCCCACAAAUGAGGGGAAGAAGAAAGCGCUUGUCACCUGCUCUUCCCACCUGACAGUGGUGGGGAUGUUCUAUGGAGCUGCCACUUUCAUGUACGUUUUGCCCAGUUCCUUCCACAGCCCCAAACAGGACAACAUCAUCUCUGUUUUCUACACGAUUGUCACUCCAGCCCUGAACCCCCUCAUCUACAGCCUGCGGAAUAAGGAAGUUAUGGGGGCCUUGAGAAGGGUCCUGGGAAGAUAUGUGUUGCUGGCACAUUCAACCCCCUAGGUCCCAGGGUGUGUUUAUGGCUUGCCUCUCACUGUGGGUUGUUCCUCCAAAGAAAAUUGUUACAUAUCCAUUUUUUAAAUGUUAACCUAUGUCUGUGAGGAUAUGAACACUUUAAAAAUCUCUAUAUAUCUGCUAUGUACAAUGAUUUUAAGCUGAACGCACUUGGCACGUAUCAUGCUGAGCUUGGAAUAUUGAAGACCAUGUUCUAAAAGAGACUAAAAGAACCACGAUGGGUGUCAUUGAUUCAUUCUGUGGUAGAGCAUCCUCCUGAUGCACUAUUAAGUAGACAUGGUAGAAAAUUAAUGUUACAGGUCAACAUCAUGUAGCAGUGAGAAGCAGAGGUUUUUUGACUCAGUCAACAACAAAAUCCUGUUAACAUUAUAGGAGGUCUGUUCUCUUUGUACUGACUCAAUCUGCUAAUAGAAAAAAUGAUACUGAGACGUUAUAUUGAACUUAUUGAGUAGAUAACAGUUUGUGUGAUUAGUGGGAAGAAUGAUAGAUUUGUACAGCAUUUGUAUUACAGAUCUGAGAAGGGGUUCACAAUGAUUACAUAAAGACAGACACUAUGUUGAGAUGGUGAAACAGACCAGAGAAAAGAAGCCUGAUAUUUCUACUUGAAAAUAU